AUGGCCAAGCAAAAACGGAAGUUGGGACUGAAAAAACCUCAGGAAAAGCCAGAGGUUGAGGUUGAAAUCAUAAAUGCUAAUAUGUUAAUCAUCCAGGCAGUAGAAACGGGUUCAUUCCCUGCGGAAACCCUAGGCGUGGGUUCAUCGCCUGCGGAAACCCUAGGCGCGCCCCUCUGCGGAAAGUCGAUCCCUGGGGAAGCAACUUCGGGUCUUUCAGCGAGUGAGAAGACAGUGAUCCCAAUGGAUAUUCCCGACUCUACGCCUCCAAAAGAAGCUGCAACUCAGCUAACUGAAGCUCCACAGGUUGAGGCUUCUCCUAUAGGGAAUCGAUUCUCUGUUCUUGCGGACAUAGAUGAAGUGACAAAUGAAUCUGACUUUAGUGAGGAGAAUGUAGAAUAA